AUGAGAACAUCACUGGCUCUCUUGGCCCUUGCUGCCACAGCAUUUGCUGUCCCUCAAGCAGUGACAGAAGACAUUGCCCCCAAAGAUGGCCCUCCUAAAGGAUGCACUUCAUCAUAUGACGGAAAGUUUGAAGUCACCAUCUUCACACCAGGUAACGCAAAGCGCGAUAUCACCGAGCGAUCUUGCAACGGCGAGGGCGUUCUGGUCCUAAGUCUCAAGGACGGUGUCCUCAAAGACGCCAAAGACCGAACAGGCUAUAUUUCCGACAGCUUCCAAUUCCAAUUCGACAAACCCGCCCAAGCUGGUGCCAUCUACACCUCCGGUUUCUCAGUAUGCUCAAACGGAACACUCGCCUUCGGACCCUCUGCUAUCUUCUGGCAAUGCCAAUCUGGCGACUUCUACAACCUAUACGACCGCAAUUGGGCCGAGCAGUGCGAGCCUGUUGAGUUUGGCGUCAUGCCCUGCGGCGGCAAGAGCUCAAAGUCUGCACCCAAGAAGAGGAUCGUUGGGAGCAGCGUUAUCGCAACCACUGUCGUGACUGUUGUUUCCGAUGGCACGACCAAGGAAGUCCCUACAACUAUCGCAGUGCCUAUGUGUCAGAUCGGGGAUGGACAGGUCCAGGUUCGCACAACUCCCUGCGAUGACAUGGAACUUCCCAUCAUCACUGCACCACCUGUCAGCCAAGUGUCGGAUGGCAAGCUCCAGGUUCCCACAACUGCCCCUCCUGCUCCCCCUCCUGCCCAGCGCAAACCUGCGGUGCCAGAGAAGCCAGCGAGUGAUGAGCCUGCCAAGGGCGAGGGCGGCGAUGCUGCUGAUAAGUGUGAUGGCUCCCCCAGCGAAUGCGGUUCUCACUCAGGUGGCGCACCAGGAGAUGAACCCAAACCCGCAGGCGGUGAUACUCAGCCCGGCGCCAGCCCUGCCGGCAACGACGCACCUGAGAACACAGGUGCAGCUACCCCAGGCAAAGACGACAAACCCUCCAGCGACAAGCCUUCAAACAGUGGUCAAGGAGCCGCUAGCAAGUCGAAGCCCACCCGGACCGAGGAAGAAGUGCUGGCCACUGACUCCGGCUCACCCACUGGCACCGAGGAGACUGGGUCUUCUCAAAGCAAGAGCACACGGGCGGUUAAGCCAUUCAAGCCUCAAAGUACCGACAGCAAUGAUGCGGAGGAGACGGGGAGUGGCUCAGAUGCAGGUUCAGACGAUGGCUCGUCCGAUGCGGCGCAAUCGGAUGCAUUUAGGGUUGUUGCUAGUGUUGGGAUGAUGAUUGUGUCUGGUGUGCUUGGCAGUUUGUUAAUUCUGUAG